AGUUCUUUGGAUGUUGAUGUAGACGAGCUUUUGCACAGGUAGGCACCUAAUACAAUUUCCUUCCAAAUGAAUGACCUCGACCUUUCGUGUUGCGAAUUCCGCUAUGCAGAAAAGUACUAGGGCAAUUUACGGUAAUUGAUCGCAAUGCGAAUUACAGUUAAUUUCGGUGUAAAUUGACUUGCGAGUCUAUUUUCGAAUUAGGGCCUAUUUCGAAUAAAAUUACCAUUAACACUAUUGGCUACUUUACAAAUCCAUGAGCAAUUUCACGAUCCAAUUUUAACGAAUUUCGAAAACAAAUGCUUGAAAGAGUUAAUCUAGAAAUUUCGUUUACAAAAGGAGUUAAAAAGUAACAGCGUUAAAUAUAAAACUUGUUAUGGACAAAUAAAGCCUUCAAUAAGUAAUUUGUAAAGGUAAAAAAUCCCCAAUUAAGUACCGACCUAUUUUCUACCGAGGGCUGACAUUUCUUUUGGUUGGACCCAAAAUGGCGAAUGGCAAUAAUGCAAAAAAUUUUUAUUCCACUAAACAUUAAUGUUUCGUAUUAUUAUAUGUGCAUAUAGGUUAUAGUUAGUAUUAUUUCGCAGCGGAAUACGUAACUCACAUGAAGAAUUUCUCAACGUGGUGUACCAUCAGCAACCAGCAUCAACAAGAGCAAAAAGUUGAAGAUCAUUCACAUUCAUUUUCGUUCGGAUACACCGGAAAAACACCCGAAUUUGGAAAAUUUCUUACGGUCCACAGCCAGGUAGGUGGCGAUAAAUCGGAGGGUUUGACAAAGAGCACGAGUGCUACAUCAAUCCACCGAAAUCACAGCACUGGCGACCUGGGUUCAAUGAACGGGGAUAUUGUCCAUCACAAUCUUCAGUUUAUGCGUAAAAUACCGCCAGGUUCGGAAGCAAGUAACAUUCUUGUCGGCGAGGUGGACUUUUUAGAAAAACCCCUCGCCGCAUUUCUUCGUCUAAACACGUCCGCAGUGGUGGGCGAUCUUACAGAAGUUCCCGUUCCAACACGGUUUAUUUUCGUCCUUCUUUAUCCUCCAGCAAUGAAUUCAGGAUACCACGAAGUUGGAAGGGCUAUGGCAACCUUAAUGUCGGACGAGGUAUUCCACGAAGUCGCUUACAAAGCAAAAAACAGGAACCACCUCCUAGCAGGAAUAGACGAAUUUUUAGAUGCGGUUACUGUCCUUCCACCUGCCGAAUGGGAUCCUGCGAUUCGAAUAGAACCUCCAGCAGCCAUUCCGUCUCAAGAUGUUCGAAAGAAACCUCCACCCGAGAAACCUCCAGCUGAAAUCGAUGAAGAAGACGAAGAAGAGAGGUACAGAGAAGAGAACGGUUUAUCGAGAACCGGAAAACUGUUUGGCGGACUGCAAAACGACAUUAAAAGAAAAUUGCCAUGGUAUUUGUCUGAUUUUAAAGACGCUUUAUCUUUACAAUGUGUUGCCACAUGGAUAUUUUUGUAUUUUGCUUGUCUGUCUCCUAUAAUUACAUUCGGAGGAUUACUCUCUGAAGCCACAGGCAAAAAUAUGGCUGCCAUGGAAUCGCUUGUGUCUGGUUUCGUUUGCGGCAUCGUCUAUGGAUUCUUUUCUGGUCAACCUUUGACCAUAUUGGGAUCCACUGGGCCAGUAUUAGUGUUUGAAACGAUUGUCUAUGAUUUUUGUUUACGAAUCGGAUGGGACUAUAUGUCGCUGCGUUUCUGGAUAGGAACAUGGAUUUCAGUUAUUCUGUUCAUCCUAGUGGCUACUGACGCCAGCGCAUCCGUGUGCUAUAUUACGAGGUUUACUGAAGAAAACUUUGCAACUCUGAUAGCCUUUAUUUUUAUUUAUAAGUCAGUGGAAAAUGUCUUUUCAAUUGGUAAAAGAUACCCGAUCAAUACUAGCGGAUUUACAAAUAUACCAUCUAAAUGUUAUUGCAUUCCAAACGAAAUUGCUCAACAAGGACACCCUGAAAUGGACUGGUCACAUUUUAAUAGGACAACGUGCCUUAGCUAUAACGGCACGUUGGUGGGAGAGGGCUGUUCUACAUCUGAAUAUGUUCCAGAUGUGUUCCUAAUGUCAAUUCUUUUGUAUAUUGGAACCUUCUUACUAUCCGUUGUACUGAAAGAUUUUAAAAACGCCUUAUUUUUUCCUGCAAAGGUACGACAGUUUGUCAGUGAUUUUGCCGUAAUAAUAGCAAUCUUUUCAAUGUCAUUUUUGGACUUCAAAGUAAACAUCCCAACCCCGAAACUUGAAGUACCGACGGAAUUUAAACCCACUUUGAGUACAAGAGGUUGGGUGAUACCGCCGUUCAAUGGGAACCCAAUAUACACUGCCCUCUUGGCACUUUUGCCAGCUCUCCUUGGCACCAUCCUGAUAUUCAUGGAUCAACAAAUUUCGGCUGUUAUUAUUAACAGGAAAGAGAACAAACUGAAAAAGGGUUGCGGAUAUCACUUGGACCUGUUCGUUUUGGCAAUUCUCAUUGAAAUAUGCAGUCUGAUGGGAUUACCGUGGUUCGUUGCAGCAACUGUCCUGUCAAUCAAUCACGUUAAUUCGUUAAAGUUGGAAUCUGAAUGUGCGGCUCCCGGGGAGAAGCCGCAGUUCCUCGGAGUGAGAGAACAAAGAGUAACGCACAUAUUAAUAUUUUUAACAAUUGGCCUGUCAGUGUUCCUAACACCAAUUCUAAAACAUAUUCCUAUGCCAGUAUUAUUCGGAGUAUUUUUGUAUAUGGGAGUCUCGUCACUAAAAGGACUACAAUUCUUCGACAGAAUCCUGAUCAUGUUCAUGCCACCGAAGUAUCAACCAGAUUAUAUGUUUUUACGACAGGUUCCCAUUAAACGCGUUCAUAUGUUCACACUUAUUCAACUGGCUUGCUUGAUCGUUUUAUGGACCAUCAAAUCAUUUAGUACAACGUCAAUCCUUUUCCCGUUGAUGUUGGUUGUGAUGAUUGGUAUAAGAAAAUCAUUGGAUUUGAUAUUUACUAGAAGGGAACUGAAGAUACUCGACGAUAUUCUACCGGAUUUUGUGAAGAGAAGUCAGCAUGACGAACUAAAGGAUGUAGAGGUGGGCUGGGGUACUAAAUUGGCUACAUUUUGCUUGGGCUCUCCCACUGUUAGAUUGCCCUCGGAUGAUAAAAAUUCCGAAUCUAAACCUCUUAAUGCUUAAAAAAUGAUGUAAAGUACAAAAAUGCGACAAACAUCAGGAGAUUAAUAAUGAAGAUAACUUCGAUUUUUUUUUAUUUAUGCCUGAAUUAGCUAUGACUUUAAGAUUUAAUGAUACGCUGAUGAUGAAUUUAGUAACUUCUAUUUAAUAGAAUUAAAUUGGAUAUUUAUUUAAUCAUGAAAUUCCAUCAAGCACAAUAUUUAAUAACAGAAGUAAUUAACUACUAAGCACAUUGUGCUGGUCCUUCUAGUUCUGUUUUAGUCCCACUAAAAAUGCCCUUUUCUUCAACACUUAUCUUUGUUUGAUAACAUACGAAAUUUUGAUGAUUUCAAAUGUUUUAUAAAACCCUAAAAGUAGAUAUCCAAUAUCGAAAUACUAAGUAGCUCUGUAUAUUCGUCUUAUCAUUCAUAGAAAUAUUUUCAAUGUUUGAAAAGUAUUACACUUAUAUUUAAAACCAUACCCUCAUUUACCAUUUUUCAUAAAUUAAUUUUCUUGUAUUAUUAAUCUUACAAUUAACAAGAACUUCCUCUAAAAUUUUAUGUGUUCUACAUUUUUAAUUGUGUCAAGUAAAUUAUUGCGCGUUUCCCACUUUUACUAAAUAAAUAUUUCAAAGUAAAUGCAAAUACUUCAUAAAAGCAAUACAUAUAUCAAUUUACAUACAAUAAAAGUUUCUCAGGAAUACUUGAGAUUAAAAUAAUUUAUUUGUAUACCAAAUUUGCCUUAAUUUAUUUUAUUUGGUAAGAGAUCUUACAAUUAACUUCAUCUAUCCAAUACUUAAUUGAAUGGAUUCCAAACGCUAGAGAAUUAGACACAAAAAAAUAGUCUUUAGUGCUGCAGAGUAUUGGCUAGAUGUAAAUUUAUACAACGUGUAUAUCUACGCGAGUCGAAAAUAUAAUAGCUGUAAUAUUCGCUACAACCGUAGAAAUAAACUGAUAAAGUAGCCAAUUUAUUACUUUUCUUAAAUAAAUUAUGUAGUUUUGUUAUAAUUAAGUAUGCUGGUGAUAAAUUUUAGUAGACAUUGAAAGUACCUUUAAUAUUCAUGUAUUAAAUACCAUUUGUUGUUUAUUUGUUUAUUUUUUAAUAAAUUGUUGACAUCUCA